CCCCGCAGGACCUACCCCCGCCCGCACGAGUACCUGGAGGUCUCGGCGCUCCCCGAGAGCUGGGACUGGAGGAACGUGAACGGCGUCAACUACGCCAGCACCACUCGGAACCAGCACAUCCCGCAGUACUGCGGGUCCUGCUGGGCCCACGGCAGCACCAGCGCUCUGGCAGAUCGAAUCAACAUAAAGAGAAAAGGUGCAUGGCCUUCUGCCUACCUCUCUGUUCAGAAUGUGAUUGACUGUGCUAAUGCAGGAUCCUGUGAAGGUGGAGACCACUCAGGUGUUUGGAUGUAUGCCCAUGACCAUGGCAUUCCAGAUGAGACCUGCAACAACUACCAAGCUAAGGAUCAAAAGUGUAAGAAGUUUAACCAGUGUGGAACUUGUGUCACUUUUGGAGAAUGCCAUGUGAUAAAGAACUACACACUCUGGAAAGUUGCUGACUACGGGUCUGUCAGUGGAAGAGAAAAAAUGAUGGCAGAAAUCUAUACUAAUGGACCAAUUAGCUGUGGCAUAAUGGCUACUGAAAAGCUGGAUGCUUACACUGGGGGACUUUAUACAGAGUACAACCCCUCGCCUGCGGUGAAUCACAUUGUAUCUGUGGCUGGCUGGGGCGUAGAAAACGGAACAGAAUACUGGAUUGUUCGUAACUCAUGGGGUGAACCCUGGGGUGAAAGAGGGUGGCUGAGAAUUGUGACAAGUGCAUAUAAAGGUGGAAGAGGAGCAGAGUACAACCUUGCUAUUGAAGAGGACUGUGCAUAUGGAGAUCCUGUACUACCCUGACUAUAUUGUACACCUUUCUGUUUAGGAACUACUUUGUUUGGAAGCUUCCCAGCACAAACUUUUUCAGUUUAAAGAAUAGUAGUCUAAAACACUUUCACAGUUCAACACCAUCAGGCAGUUCUGCACAAUUAGCCCAGAGAGCAACAGACAUCUUCAAAAUAAAAUAAAUACAGAGCUGCCUGUAGAUAAUUACUUGGAAUUUUUAAAAAGUAAUUUAC